AUGAAUAGUGUUCUUCUAUUCAAGGUUGAUAAGCCAAUAAGUCGGCGCGCAAUCUUGAGGUGUACCCCAUUGUCACAAUUGACGACAGGCGUUCAGCUUUUACAAAAUGAUCACUAUUUUUUCAUUCGAAGGUUUUUUUUGGCCUCACUGACGUCUGGGCCGAAGACAGUCGAUCUCUCCCAUCGCGCAGACGUCCGGCAUUUGAAGUGGCGGCCAGCCACCCCGUCCGGCCGUCUUUUUUGCCGUGGGCUGGGGUCUAUCGCCCUUUCCCCAGACAAAGAGGGAGACCUCAGCGGGGUGGAUAGGAUUGCCCACGAACCAGGGAAUCAAGUAGUUUCGCAUGAUAAGGCAAAGGGUGCGGAAAACCACUACGAAGAGGAGGAGGAUGAAGAGGAGGAUGCGGAUGCCGCCAUGGCGACCUACGAGGAGUUCUUUCUUAGUAUGGGAGAAGCGUCUUCGGCCCAGCCGGACUCGACUUCGACGCCACGCAUGCCGGCCGCAGUUGAGGAGGGUGGGGCCGGCAAGGUCACGCUCAUGGAAGCAGUGAGUACGAUGGUUCGUGAAGCUGCCUCAUUACUCCCGGAGGAUGGACGCGCAAUGCGUCUAACUGAUCUCACACCGCAGUUAGAUGUGGAAGCUAUUAGCGAGUUGGCUGGAGGGGGUUCCGUUCUUUCUUUCCUUCAGAGUUUUCCUGACGUAUUCACCCUGACCGCUUCAGAAGGCCAGGACAUAUCGGGUGGCAGUCUUGGUGUUGGUCGUGUACGGCGGUGGUACGUGAGUCGUCCAAAACUAAGAAAGACUCUGGCAGAGGCUACACUACCCACUGAUGACAGUGGCUGCGCCCUUGCUAUGAAGACUGGCGAUCUUGGCGAUUUAUACGCUGAGGAGGAACUGCGCGCGCUGGUUCGGCCCGCCUCAUGUGCAGCAACUAGCAUCGGCGAGAGGGGGCGAUUCAGUACCUCGACUGCAUCUAACAAAUCUUUAAAGUGCAGGCAGAGCCGUACUCUGCGCUCCGUGAGUGAUACCAUGGGCGGGCAUGCAUCCAUAUCAACACUGGACUGGAGCUUGUUGGCGACAGCUCUUCCACCAUCCAGACCGCUACCUGUGCUGCAGGUCAUGCAAGAGAUAGCAUCGGAGGAAUUUUCACGCCAGGUACGAUCGAGUGGAAAGGGUCUUAUACGUCUUUUUCAUGAGCAGUACGAAGUUGCUAAACAUCACGUGAUACUUUCCGCCGAAAAUAACCUCAUUGCACGUUCAGGGGAGUUGCACGAUAUUCCGGCGUGGUCCCCGGAUAUUGCUACCGUACAGCUUGCAAAGGAUAGCGACCCAAACGAAAAUUCCUCAGUGGACGAUUCUUUCCUGGAUGAGGAAGAGGAAGUUUCUGUUAAUGACCCAUUCGUCGAGGAUAAUGAAAGUGUGGCUGUCGAAGUAGGACAGGAUGGUGCGGAAUGGGCGGCUACUACGACGGAUUGCCCGAGCGUGUUCUAUGACGGCUUGUCAACACCCCGGAAAAAGUCUUCUGCCACCUCACAUGCUAGUACGUCAAAGAAACCGAAGCAACCUACGAAAUCCUCUAAUGUUCCUGCGAUUCCAUCGUCAAAACUUGCAGGUUCCCCAACUGAGACUGCCAAUCAAGUUUCCAUCCCUGACAAAGUACACUCAGGAUCACAAAAGAAGAGGAAACACACCACCACCAAAUGCAGUAGCAGUGAAAGCCUCAAAAAAAAUCCACAGGAACUGCAGGCAGCUCACACCAAACUGGCUAUUCAGCACGGCUGGCGGACUCCGAUAGAAAUGUUAGACUUCUUUAUUGAAUGUAUUCCAACCUUCUUUGUCCCCGUACCGGAGCUUGUUCUAACCGAUGUUCUUGUAAAGAUAUUGGGCCCGCAGAACACGAUAUCGCACGUUGUGAAGGUGUACUCCUACUUCUUUGAAUACGAUAAGCACAAUAACCAGGCUCGUCUGGCACCAACUCUGCAGCACUCACGCAUGGGGCAGGCCAACGUGCACUAUCCCCGAUGGGAUCCACGGGACCUGGCCGGCGCUCACGACACCGCGCAAGAGUCAGCAUCACGGUCACCCGCGCGGCCUUUCGGAUUAACCUUGCAGAGCACUGCCGCGACAAGUUCCUUCCCUGUUCUAAAGCCUAUCAUUCGCAGCUCACGUAGCCCAUCAAAUACGAACUCAUUGAUAACAACGAAUAAAAAUACCUCUCAUACGGCUCGGGAGAGCACCACAGCGUCGUUAUUGUCUUUGCAACGGCCGUCGAGAUCUUCAAUUUUCUCUGAACUUGAGUCUACAGUACAUUCUCAGCCGUUACGGACACUACUGCAAAUAAUCAGUAAGGUCCCCUAUGACAGGUUUGUAUCUCUUGCGGAAGUGGCCAAGCAAGCCGAUGUCACUACCUCAGAGCUUGAGACAGUGAUCCAGGCUGAUGAAGCGAUUAUCGAAAAUUCUAACAAUCAUCAUCACUUAUUUAUCACUGUUGCAUUUCCUCAUGACGAUGGAGGAAAGAUGGUGCGCCUUCGUCCAUAUUGGCUGGCCCCUAAUAGUUUGGGUGAGCUGAGGACUGAGGACUUGCCAGUUGAGGUGUCGGAGGCAUUGCGCCCAACGUGGAUACCAAUUCCGAAGCUUUUGUCAAAAAUUUCAGAGGACAGCCGUGCUCAGUUAAUGCGAUUCACAGGAAAUGUCCAGACGGGCAGUAGAAAUCUCCAUUGUGGUAAAAAAGAUAAUGGGGACCAGUUACCGCUGAUUAUGAGGAACCUGCGCCUUGCUGGUCGCUGCUGUUGGGUUGAUCCAGAUAUGAUGAGAGUGCGGCGCUACACAGCCAACGCUGAUUUAGAUGACUUUACCCAUAUCAGUGUUCAUCUCUUAAGUCAUUUUUCUUCUCAUGUUUUCGAGCCCGUAGAUGUGGUACUUGAUCGAGCUGACGUGUCUCUAUCAGAGCUUUUGCAUACCACGAAAAUGAUGUGUGGUAUGGAAGGAGGCUUGACGGCACUAUGCCGCCAUGCCAUGCAAUCACGACAUCGUGAAUUUGUGGAGUUCCUACAGUUUCAUAAAAAAGUUUUGGAGGUUAGUGUGGCCGAUGAUAAUCACUCGGUGUGUAUUCGCCGAAAAACCAGUUUUGUUUCCUUUGGCUCUAGAACUUGA